AUGCUGAAAAAAUCUUCUUCACUUCGAACUCAAAUUCUUUCUUUGUCAAAACCAACCAUUCCAUGCAGUGAUCACAAUGAAUUUACAGUUAAACACAUAGCUGGUGGUUAUGUGAGUCAUUCAUUUAUGGUCAAAAUAAACUCACAGAACAACAAUGAUACGAGUCCUGACUCAUUUUUUGUCAAAAUUAAUAUGAGAAAACAUGCUCAACAGAUGUUCGAUGCUGAGAUUAUUGGUUCUCAUGCACUUCGCGAAGUAUGCACACCAUUUAUUCGUAUACCUCAACCGAUCGGCAUCGGAAAUAUGUCUACAAUCGAUAAUGACAAUCAAGGGAGUUGGUUUCUUGCUGAAUAUGUAACAAUGGCAAGAAGUAAGAAGAAAAAAACAAACAAACGAACAAUAUCGCAGAUUUACACGAGCCAUUGCCAAAAUGCAUCAGACAUCAGCAGAGAAACAUAG